CGGGCGGUCUGGAUGUUAUUAAUCUGACAUGGACUAAUACAGAGGAACCUAGGGUGGAACCACCAUGGUUAUUAAACUUAGAUGACUAUGCAAAUCAUGCUGUCAAGACUUGCUGCUGCCUCCUACUCUGCAAAAUGGGUUGCCCCUCUUUGGCGAGCUGCUGUUGGCAGUACUCGCUGCUAUGUAGAGCCAGGGCAGCGGCUGUCGGAAAGUGCCGGCCUGAAGAAGGCUUAUGUCAUCACUGCUGACCGCAGGUUGUGUACAGCACCAUCGUCAAGAAAGAAUCAGAAGCCAGUCUUCGCCAAAGCUCCCGUGUAUGGAGACAAGCUUGCUAUUGUAGACAGUAGUGGCAGCUACAGCUACAAGCAGCUGUACAGCAGCAGCGUAGGCCUUGCUGUAAGAAUCAGUGCAGCUCUCAACAUUCACCUUGGGGACCUGGAAGGAAAGCGUAUCUCUUUCCUGUGUGCCAAUGAUACUUCAUACACUGUUGCGCAGUGGGCAGCAUGGAUGUGUGGUGGGACAGCAGUGCCUCUCUACCAUAAACAUCCACUAUCUGAGCUGGAGUAUAUCAUCUCGGACUCUCAAAGUUCUCUCCUAGUGGCAGGGCAUCCCUAUGCUGACACCUUAGAGCCGCUGGCACUGAAGCUAGGUCUUCCAUGUCUGAUGCUGCCCCAUACCUCCAGCCUGGGCACGUUAGAGGGACCAGCGACGCAGGAGUGGGAGUCUGCUAUAACAGACUGGGCUGAGCGGCCUGCUAUGAUCAUUUAUACCAGCGGUACCACGGGCAGACCUAAAGGAGUUCUGCACACUCACAGCAGCAUCCGAGCCAUGGUCCAAGGUCUGGUGUCAGAGUGGGCCUGGUCCAAGGACGAUGUCAUUCUCCACACAUUGCCAUUGCAUCAUGUGCAUGGCAUCGUGAACAAGCUGCUGUGCCCUCUCUGGGUGGGCGCCACCUGUCUCAUGCUGCCCGAUUUCCAGCCACAGAAGGUUUGGGAGACGCUGCUGAGCUCCAAGGAGCCCCGAGUCAACGUGUUUAUGGCCGUGCCAACCAUCUACUCUAAGCUUAUCCAGUACUACGACCAGCACUUCACCCAGCCUCAUGUCAAGGACUUCGUCAAAGCCAUCUGCAAGGAGAGGAUCAGGCUUAUGGUGUCGGGCUCGGCUGCUCUUCCCCAGCCCACUCUGCAUCGCUGGGAGGAGAUUACAGGACACACGUUGCUGGAACGCUACGGCAUGACGGAGAUCGGCAUGGCCCUGUCCAACCCCCUGAAGGGGCCGCGCGUCCCAGGUGCAGUAGGCGUGCCCCUGCCAGGUGUGGAGGUGCGCAUUGUCAUGACCAACACCACCAGUACCAUUAUUGUAGAGGGCAACCACAGGGAGACUCAGGUCCGUUCAGGUCUGGAGGGGAAGGAGGGGGAGCUGAUGGUUCGAGGUCCGACUGUCUUCAGAGAGUACUGGAACAAACCUCGGGAGACCGAAGAGUCUUUCACCGCUGACGGCUGGUUCCAAACAGAACCACUUGCAGAGCUGCAUGAGGCGGGGUGGGGGGCAAAGGAAGAGGUGGGUGUGGAAGAGCGGAAGCUUCUAGUUGUCAUGUAG